AUGGCGUUGGCUAGCCUCUGUAGCGAGCAUAUGCAGGCUCGUAACGAUUCACCUAAGUUCGUGGCGUUCGUUGUUGAUCACCGGCUGCGCGACGGAAGCACUCUCGAAGCGCAAAAGGUUGUUCAGCAGUUACGGAGGCUGGGCAUCGAGUCACAUAUGUUGGCUGUCAACAUCAAAGCUGGAACAGAUAGUCCUCAAGUGCAGCAUGUUGAGUCUAUUGCUCGGGACCACCGCUACCAGGCACUUGGCAAAGCAUGCUAUGCACACGGGAUCAAUCAGCUGCUUGUUGCACACCAUGCUGAUGACCAAGCCGAAACUGUACUUCUGAGACUUGUUGGGAAGUUCUAUGGUACAGGACUGCAGGGGAUGAAACAAAACGUACCGAUUCCUGCUUGCCAGGGUAUCUAUGGCGUCUCCGAGUCCGGCCAACCUCGCCAUGCCAUGAACCCUCAAAAGUCAGAAGAACCUCACAUGCAAAUUGAGGAUGGAGGAGUCAUGGUUAUGCGGCCGCUGUUACGCUUCUCUAAGCAGGAUUUGAUCUCGUACUGCCAAUCGACUAAUGUUAAAUGGUUCGAAGAUGUGACAAACGCAGAUACCACCUACACGAAGCGCAACGCGGUUCGCUACGCUCUAAGCCAUGCUCUCUUACCAGCUGCUUUGCGUACAAGAAGACUUUGCGUGCUGUCUGCACAGAUAGCUGACCACAUGCGUGCGAUCGAGCGCGAAGCAGAGAAGCUCUAUACGCAGCUUCCGAUAGAGCUAGACCUUGCAAGCGGCUCUAUUACGAUC